AUGACUGGAGAUGUAUCGACCACUACUCUCACGGAUAUUUAUGAUCCACUACUCGAGUGGACUAUCAAGAAGGUCAUCGUUCGUAAUUAUACAGUCAUUUUUUGCGAGACAGGCAUGCUCCUUUCCCAAACCGAUGUCUUUGUCCUGCUACUAAGUAAUAGAGACUGGCGCGUGCUCAUCCCAGAAGACGUCAUUGCUAACUUGCAUGCUUAUGCUCAUGCGAUGGAAAACGACACACGAAGAGUACAAGCAGAACAGGCUCUGAGAAGCAUCAACACGGCAUUAUCGCAGGGGAAAAAGCUUUCGAUUGUUGAUUCUCAGGGCAAUGCGAUAACCGACCCGUGCAAAGCUGUGGAACGCGACAGUAGUAAUGCUACGUACAAGAUUUUCUGUCGUCGACCCGGAUGA